AUGGCAAUAUCACCAGCAAUUCGGAUCGCGCCCUCACGCGCUGCGCGUGCCCUCAACCUUCUCCGCACUGUGCAAUACACACAUCCGCCGUCAUGCCCCUGCCACUCGAACCCCAACUACCAUCAAUCGCCCACCACGGUCCAGCAGGCACGCCGACACGUGGCCACGCCGCUUGACCAGUUCCAGCAAAAGGAAUAUGCUUUCGAGAUGGCAGCCUCGAGCAUCCGCUUUGGGCCAGGAUGCACCAAGGAGGUCGGCAUGGACUUUAAAAACAUGGGCAGCAAGCGCGUCAUGGUCGUCACGGACGGGACGGUGCGAAAGCUGGAUGCGAUGAAGCAGGUCGUCGAAGGGCUUGAGAGGGAGGGCGUGACGUAUGAAAUCUUCGACAAGGUGCGGGUAGAGCCAAAGGACCACAGCAUAAAGGAGGCGAUUGAGUUUGCGAAGCCAUGGCGGCCAGACGCCUUCCUCGCAGUUGGCGGCGGCAGCGUAAUCGACACGGCCAAGCUGAUGAAUCUGUACACCACCUUCCCCGAGGCAGACUUCCUGGACUUUGUCAACGCGCCCCUAGGCAAGGGAAUGCCCAUUCCCUCCAAGCUGUUCCCGCUCAUUGCCGUCCCAACCACUGCCGGCACGGGCUCCGAGACGACUGGCACUGCCAUCUUCGACCUCGUCUCCAAGCGCGCAAAGACUGGCAUUGCGCAUCGCAACCUGAAGCCUACGCUGGGCAUAGUCGACCCCAUCAACACACGCACCAUGCCGUCGGCCGUCCACGCGUCGUCGGGUCUCGAUGUGCUGUGUCACUCGCUCGAAUCCUGGACAGCGAUACCCUACCAUGAGCGCACUCCCCGCCCCACUAACCCCAUCAACCGCCCAGCAUACCAAGGCGCGAACCCCAUUUCUGACAUCUUCUCUCUCAAGGCCCUGAGAGAUACGGUAAAAUAUCUGCCGCGUGCCGUCAGGGACCCCGAAGACCACGAGGCACAGUCGCAGAUGUUGCUAGCUGCAACGCUGGCUGGCGUUGGCUUUGGCAACGCAGGUGUCCAUCUCUGCCACGGCAUGUCGUAUCCUAUUUCAGGCCAGAACCCUGGGUACAAGCACGCAGGUUACGCAGUGGACCACGCCAUCAUUCCGCAUGGUGUCAGUGUCGCCGUCACUGCCCCGGCCGUAUUCAGGUUCACCGGUGCAUCCAACCCAGAGCGUCACUUGGCUGCCGCCGAGGCGUUUGGCGUCGACAUUUCGAAUGUAAAGGCGGAGAGUGCUGGUGAGGUUUUGGGCGAGGCGCUAGCCGAGUUUUUGAUCAAGCUCGGUGAUCAACCACGAGGCCUCAAGGCACUAGGUUUCAGCAGUGAGCAUCUAGACCAGCUAGUCGAAGGCACCAUCCCACAGGCCAGAGUGUUGAUGUUGGCGCCAAACCUGGAGAUGCAAAAUGUCGACGCGGAGAGGGAGCAAUUGCGGGGCUUGUUUGAGGAGGCCAUGGAGUACUAG